GUCGGUGAAACUAAAAAGUCAACGCUGUAACAAGGGGGAAAAACAUGGUAAAAAAAGAGUGAAUAUUUAUAAAAAAAUUGAAAUGAAAGAUGCCCAUCUCCGAAUAGAUCUGCUUGUUUAUCGCCUCUUGCUUUCAUCUCUUGUCACCAGAAAAAACUAUUCCUCGUAGUCCAAAGCUGAACAACGGAGGUUCCUUUUGAGGAUUUGAAGCUAAUAUCCGAUGGAAGGAAUCGGAGGGCCACCGAUGCCUCAAUGGGGACAUGAUGCUUGGAGGAUGUAUCAGUAUUAUCUAGAUAAGUCGACUCCUCAUACGACUUAUAGGUGGAUCGGAUCCCUUGUUAUAGUAGCUAUCUAUUGUUUGCGGGUCUAUUCCGAUCAAGGGUUUUACAUAUUCGUGUUCGGUCUAGGGAUUUACCUACUGAAUUUGCUAUUUGGAUUUGGGUUUUUGUCUCCUUUGGUUGAUCCUGAACUCGAAGGUUCCGAUGGACCUUUGUUGCCAAUAAAACGUUCAGACGAGUUCAAGCCGUUUAUUCGUAGGCUACCCGAGUUUAAGUUCUGGUACUCCAUGACCAACGCUUUCUGCAUAGCAUUUGUCAUGACUUUCUUCUCUGUAUUCGAUGCUCCCGUCUUUUGGCCUAUACUACUUUGUUAUGGGAUCGUUCUCUUCGUUAUUACAAUGAGGCGUCUAAUCGGACAUAUGAUCAAAUACAAGUAUAUCCCAUUCAGCAUCGGAAAACAGAAAUAUUCCGGUAAGAAAGGUUCUGCUAGUAGCAGUGGUUCUCGUGGGGAUUGAAUCUCGGCCGGUUCGGAUUAGGACAUACAUGAUCAUUGAUUUUCAUCUUUGGAGAAGAUGAAUUUAUGCUGUUUAUGGAUUCUUUUUUUUUUUUUUAAAUAUGCAGCUUAUUACAAAAACAUAAGUUCAGUUUGACCCUGUUUAUACACAUUUUUAAAGAUAUGAUCAAAGAUUUUGGGGAAUUAUUGGGCAGAAAUGUAUACAUGCAACAAAAUCAUUGUUUCAUUCCUCUGAUGGUUGAUAUUGGUAGCUAAAUUGUUAGUGAUAAA